AUGUGUUUUAAGGAAUCGGUAUUUGGGAGUUGUUUGAUUCUAAUAGCGUUUGCGUGUUGGUUUAAUGCGAAGAGCGGCGAAGCAUUUGGGACGACUUUCGGAUUCGAUAUCCACCACAGAUAUUCCGACACCGUUAAGGAAUUCUUGAACCUGGAUGGGUUACCGGAGAAGGGUACGGUUGACUACUACACUGCCAUGGCCCACCGCGAUCACCUCUUGAAGGGCCGCCGCCUUGCCACCACCACCACCAACCCACCCAUCACUUUCUUUGGUGGCAACGAAACUUUGCAGAUACCCUCUCUCGGAUUCUUGCACUAUUCAGUUGUUACCGUGGGUACCCCUCCUGUGGAAUAUCUUGUGGCACUCGACACCGGCAGUGACCUAUUCUGGUUACCAUGCGACUGUACUAACUGCGCACGUAGCUUCAACGUUACCCGGGGAAAGUCGGUGAAGCUAAACAUAUACAGUCCUAGUACAUCGACAACUAGUGCGCCAGUUCCAUGCAAUAGCACUAUUUGUGUACGACCACAAAGAAGAUGCUCUAUUCGGCUAAAUGCUUGUGCUUACCAAGAAGUGUACCUCUCCGCCAACACCUCAACCACUGGAAUAUUAGUCGAUGAUGUUUUGCAUUUGGGUACAGAUACCGAUCCACAAGACCCUGUCGAUGCUCCUAUUACAUUAGGGGGUGCUAAAUGCAAUAAACCCUUGCUUGAUUUUUUUUUUUUUUCGGGUUUCAGAUGUGGAAUAAUUCAAACGGGUGAUUUUUUGGAAGGUGCUGCCAUAAAUGGUCUAUUUGGACUUGGUAUGGACAAUAUAUCUGUGCCUAGCAUUUUAGCUAGCAAAGGUUUUACGUCUAAUUCGUUCUCCAUGUGUUUUGAUCCCGAGGGAGUUGGAAGAAUUGAAUUUGGAGAUAAAGGGAGUGCAGACCAACAAGUAACUCCGUUUAAUCUUCGACAAUCAUAUCCAACUUAUAAUGUCACUGUGAAGCAAAUUGCUGUGGAGAAAAAUGUGACGGAUAUAGAGUUCUCAGCAAUCUUCGACACCGGCACGUCAUUUGCGUACUUGAAUGAUCCAGCUUACUCGGUUAUCGCACAAGGCGUAAGUUAGUUACAUAAUGUUGUUGUAUUGCAAGUUUGUCGUGUAAAAGUCUUGAUUCUAAUUAACUUUCUUUCUUUUGCAGUUCAAUGCUCAAAUAACCGAGCCACGUUAUGUACCUCCGAGGAAGAUUAUUUUCGACUAUUGCUAUACACUCAGGUAUGUUUAAUUUGGCAACAAAUUAAACAUUUAUUUAUUUAUUUAUUUAAGAUUGUAUUAUUUGUCAUGAAUUAUUGUUUGUCUCAUGGUUUAUAUAUAUAAUUAUCUGCAGUGCAACUCAAAAAAGUUACAUCAUUCCAGAUUUGACAUUUACGAUGAACGGUGGAGGCAAAUUUUAUGUUACCGCAACAACAAUCGUGUUCCGAAUAGAGGUCAGAAAUUUUUGCAUGAAUAAUG